AAAUUCCAUAUUGUAAAAGGCUUUUCAGACUCUAGGAAACACACUCAACCGUGUUCGGAAACAAACAAGAUAGGAUCUGCACACCCAAGGGAGCACACUGCCAGUUGUUGAUUCCCGUUGUUAGAUAAGCCAUUCAUUCUGUGGUGUACAGUGGAAAGCUUUGAAUGAUUUAUACAAACUAUCAUGGAAGGACUUUUACAUGGGUGAAACUUCUGGGGAAAGUAAUUUGGCGAUUUCUGGAUAAGGGGCGUGUUAAGAGCAAGGACUUAGAAGUUGGACUGCCUGGGUUGAAAUCACUUAUCUACCACUCACUAGCUAGUGACCUCGGGCAAGUUAUUACCUAAAUUUCCUCGUACUCAAGGUAAUAGUAAUAAUAAUACUUCAUUGAGUUGUGUCAAGGUUAAAUGAGAUAAUCAUUGUAAGCAUUUAGACUAGUACUUGUGACAUAGUAAAUGCUAAAUUUCACUUUUCAGAAACUGUCAUACAAAAAGGAAAUCAGUACCUAAGGAUGUGUGAAUAAGGAUGGUUUAUUGCUACAUGUAUUGUAGGGUCAAAAAGAAAAAGGGGGACUAAAGUUUCUUUUUGUAGGGACAAAAAGAAAAAGAAGGAAAUCUGAAUUUCCUUCAACUGUGGAAUACUUGGAUGAAUCUGUAUCCAUGCUAUGGAUUUUUAUGCAAUUAGAAGGAAGGAGCUAGGUGCUAUAACUUUUGUCCUAAAGGGUAUUCAUGUAUUUUUGUCAAGUGAAAAAAUUAUAGCUUUUUGUGGCUAGUAUAAUUCCGUUUUUGUACCAAUUAGGAACUACACACAGACACAGAGAUGCACACAAACAUAUACAUAUAUGAAUAGGUAUGUUUGUUUAUAGGAGCAUAAAGAAAUGUGUGGAGACACAUAUACUGGACUGUGGCCGUGUACAGAAAUCUUCAUAUUGCGGUUUGUGUAAGCACAGAGAAAAGUAUGAAAGGAUUUAAACCAGUGUAUUGGUGUUGGUUACCCUGGGGAAGGAGAAGAUUGCUAACUUUUCUUUAUACAUCCAUGUUAUUUGAUUUGUUGCUUAUAUUGCCUUCGUGAUUUGAAAGGAAAAUUCAAUAUGGCAUAACAAAUAAAAAAAUAAAAAAAGGAGAUCUAACUUCACCUGACAAAAUAGGGGAAAAAGAGAUUUAACAAUCUAGUUGAAAUAUAGUAAACGUCUUAUAAAAUAUUGCGAGGGGUUACAUAAGAGUUAUUUUCUCAAAUGAAGUUUAUAGAUUGAAGAGUAAUAAUAAUAAAAUUUAUCCCUUAUUGAACACUUAGGUACUUAUACCAGACCCUGUGCUAAGCCCUUUACAUCGGUUUUCUUAUUCAAUCCUAAAAAGAGAACCCUAAGUGGUACUGUCCCAGAUGAACAGAUGUGUUGAAGAGGCUGAGAGGGCUUGCUAAUGUCUUCAGGGUCACUCAGCUAGUAGGUCCUAGAGGUAGAAUUUGAAGCCAGAUCUUUGACUUGUGCUCGUAGGCACUAUAUUGUAUAUCAGAGUUUAUACUUAGGGACUGUAUUUUUAAAAACUCAACUCUCCAAAAUGUUUUCAUUUUAUAUACUCCUUUUAUAAGGAUUAUUGUUCAAUUUGAAGUCACAAGAAGUACAGAAACUCCACCACCCAGGCAUGUUGUGAUGUCACAGGGCAUAACUCAAUUGCUAGAUGGUUCAGUGGCAAAAGAGGAUUUAUUAGCGUUUGUUUAGAAGUGGUUCAGUCCCUAUGUUCCUUGCUGGGACAAAGAAAACAGGAUGAGAAUGCCAAGUGAGUGCAUUUGCUGCCUUGAUGAGGCUGGAAAAUGAUUCAUUCUUUGGAGAGGCAGCUAAAGCCAAUUGAUUUCUGGAUUAUUCUGAAAGGCAGAUGUCAAUUUGGAUCAAGCAUAUUAUAUUGAAUUUUGUGUUGCCUGGACUGCCCUGAAAUCAGCAGUAAAGAAAAUGAACUCCAAUGAUCCUCCACUGAGAGUAGUCUCCCUCCAGUUAAUGAGGUUCCUGGGAGUCACCAGAGACUUGAUUAGUCUCAACAUAAGAAGAUGCAAAUCUGUGUUACCGAAGCUAAAGAUCUUCAGUGAGUUAAAUUUAACUAGUCCUAAACUAGGCUGUAGAAUAAUGCUCAGAUGUGUAUGUUAAUGAAAUGUCUUCUAAUACAAAAAGUUGCUCAACACAAACUUACAUCUGAAAUUCAAGCAAUUAUUUUUAUAAUGAAAAAUAAGCAAUGUAGAGUGAUUUUACUGAAAUAUUUGCUGUAAAAUUCUUUAAGAAUUCUCAGUUAUUUUCAAGAAUAAAAUUGCCUCUGUUUUACAAAACUUAUGAAUUCCCCAUAAGGAGAAACUGACAUCAGAAUAUCAUAACAAAACAUUCUCCAUAAAUGACUAGAAGCUUUCAGAUUCUGUGAAUUUAUUGUACAGAUCAGAUCAUUUGCGAAGAUGGAUGUACAAGACCGUCCAUGUUCUUCUGGAUUCUGAGUAUGGCUAUACUGAAAAUUGUAAAUACCUUUUUAUGUAUAUUUUAAUUGUUUCAAUAGUCUUAAAAUUGUUAUCAAUAGUAACAGAGAUAUAAUAAAGAAAAAACUGGGUUUGAGAAAGUUAAAUAUCUCUAGGUGUCAAUUUUGUAGUAUCCAAAGAAGAAAUAGUAGUCCCCAGGCCCCAAUUUUAUGCCCUGAGAAGUAAUAAUGAUGAUUGCUCUGCAUUUGGGAGGGUAUCAAAAUGAGACUGCAAAUGGAAGGCAUUUACCCACAGCACCUAACGUCUAUACUAGAUCUGCGUACUCAACAUUAUUUCAACUGCGUUUCUGUCUCUCACUUUAGAAUAAUGCUUAGUAGUGCCUGUCACAUAAUUGGCACUUAGUAAGUAAUAGUUUAUUACAUGAGAGUAUAUGGGUGAGAGAAAAGUAAAAUAUUGUUUUAGGCUGAGCCUAAUGGAUUUGGUCAUCUUUAGAAGGUUACUCUGGUAUUUUGAUCCUCAAAUGGUGGUGUCAGAAUCUCUGUUUUAUUACUUUAAGCUAAUUCUUAGGAAUAAGUUUAUGCUAACUGAAAUUUCAUUUGGCUGAUUUUAUAAGCCAGAGUACCAGUUUAUCAUGAGGAAAAGGAUAGCAGAAUAGCCUAUACCGGGAAGUGAACAUGAUGUACCAUCUUGAUGGGCUGGUGUACUCAGGAGAAGACAAAAUUUAUAGUUCAGAUUGCUCACUGACAAUCCAAAAUUACAUAUUACCAACAGACCGCUCAAAUCAAGCUAAUAUUUGGUGUGUUUUACUUAUCUGCUCUAGAGAUAUUUUAUCUAAAUAGUGGUGACGGGUUAGAUUAGGUUAGAGUCAGCUUCCCUCCUCCUGCUCCCCCAGUGUAUGGGUAAAUCAUACUGUUGAGUGUUAUUUUCCAGUAUUACCACUGCUCCAAAAGCUUCUGAAAUUACAAGAUUUGUGUGUUCUUCUUUCACUACAGCAAAUCUCUACUCUGAAUGAAGUCAAUUAGGACAUCCCAAGGUCCCAAGUCAUUUGCAAAAGCAUUUUCCAGUGGCUACCUAAUUGGAGAAGUUCUGCACAAGUUUGAACUUCAGGAUGAUUUUUCAAAAUUUACAGAAAGCAGGGUUUCGAGUUCCAAACUUAAUAAUUUUUCUCGCUUGGAGCCAACACUUCACCUUUUGGGUGUGCAGUUUGACCAGAAUGUGGCCCACAACAUCAUCACUGAAAAGCCUGGGGCAGCAACGAAACUUUUAUAUCAAUUGUACACUGUUCUUCAGAAAAAGAGGAAAAGUGGACUCACUGGAUUGGAAAUGCAAACAAUGCAACCUCUGACAAAUAUAAGACUUCAAAACAUGAAAAGUGAGGCUUUCCGAGAUAGACUUAGAAACCUGAUACCACGUCAAACUGAUUUCAAUCUGAUGCGAGUUACACACAGGUUUCAAGAAAAAUAUAAACACAUGAAAGAAGAUUUUGUCCAAAUGCAUUUUGAGAAACUUGAAAAUUUUCAAAAACUCAAGGAAGAACAAAGAUGUUUUAAUAUCGAAAAGCAACGCUUGAGUAGAAGACGACAAAAUGAAAUAAUGGCCAAAAUCCAAGCAGCUAUCAUACAGAUUCCUAAGCCUGCAUCAAAUCGUACUCUAAAAGCACUUGAGGCCCAAAAAAUGAUGAAAAAGAAAAAAGAGGCAGAGGAUGUGGCCAAUGAGAUUAAGAAGUUUGAAGCAUUAAUAAAAAAGGAUCUCCAGGCCAAAGAAAGUGCAUCCAAGACUUCUUUAGAUACAGCAGGUCAGACAACUGCUGAUUUGUUAAACACUUAUUCGGAUGAUGACUACAUUAAAAAAAUUCAAAAGCGCCUUGAAGAAGAUGCUUUUGCACGAGAGCAAAGGGAGAAAAGACGACGGAGACUGUUAAUGGAUCAGUUAAUAGCCCACGAAGCACAAGAGGAGGCCUAUCGGGAGGAGCAGCUCAUUAACCGGCUGAUGCGGCAGUCCCAGCAGGAGCGCAGGAUCGCCGUGCAGCUCAUGCACGUUCGGCAUGAAAAGGAAGUUUUGUGGCAAAACAGAAUUUUCAGAGAAAAACAAUAUGAGGAAAGACGACUUAAAGAUUUCCAGGAUGCUCUUGAUCGAGAAGCGGCUUUGGCAAAACUAGCCAAGAUUGAUUUUGAAGAACAAGCCCUCAGAGAGAAGGAAGUUCAUGAACAGAUUGCUGUGGAAAGAGCUCAAGCUCGUUACCAAAAGCAUUAUUCAAUGUGUGCCGAAAUUUUGGAUCAAAUACUUGAUUUGUCCACUAAAGUGGCAGACUAUCGAAUGUUGACAAAUAAUCUGAUUCCACAUAAGUUGAUGCGUGAUUGGAAGGAACUGUUUUUUAAUGGAAAGCCCAUAUAUGACCAAGCCUCUAUUAAGCAUCUAUCAGCUAAGCCCUCUGUGGAACAACUUAUAGAACUGGAGAAAAGAGACUUCCUAGACAGCAAUGAUUAUGAUGACUAUAAGAACAUGGUUGGAGAGUGGGCCUUACCAGAAGAAAUGGUUGAUAGUUUACCACCUUCCAACAAUUGCAUAUUGGGCCAUGUAAUUCGCAGACUAGUUGAAAAAUCUCUUCCUCCUCAAGUUGAAUCAGCAGAACCUGAAUUACCUUCAUUUGCCAUUAAAGGAUGCUUAUUGGGGAAAACAUUUAGUGGAAAAACUACUGCUGUAAAGUUUCUACAAAAAGAUUUUCCUAUUCAGAUACUUUCUAUUGACACUCUUGUCCAAGAAGCUAUCCAAGCAUUUCAUGACAAUGAAAAAAUCACAGAGGCCCUACCAAUUCAGAAAGAACCCGAAGAAAAGGCUUCUCUAGUUCUGCAAGAGAAAGCUAAAGAAAGUCAGGAUCUGCAGAAUGUGUUUUCAGCUGCUCCAUUUCCACUUGAAACAUUAACAGAAACAGAAGAUAAAACUAUGCUUAGUGCUGAGACUAAUAAAACACCAAAAUCUGAAGAAGUCAAAUCAAGUGAUAGUUUCUCUGAGCUCACUGUGCGUGCUCAGCUUGGUGCAAAGUCAGAACAGUUGCUGAAGAAAGGAAAGAGCAUUUCUGACAUGUUGCUAGUUAGCAUCAUGGUAAAUGCUAUUAAUCAGAUAGCUUUGGAUCAAGGCUGGGUCCUCGAUGGUUUUCCAAUGACACUAAACCAAGCAAAGCUUCUGGAGGAAGCUCUCACCGGCUACGACAGAAACCUCAUAGAACUGGAGGAAAAGAAAAAACAAAUAUCCACAUUGGCUGUUGAUCCUACAGCUUCCAAAGAAGUGCCUCCUCCCCCUUCUGCAUUUGAUUUCGUCAUGUUAUUAGACAUUUCAGACAAUUCUUCACUAGAUCGUAUGAAUGACAUCAUGGCUGAAGCACUUUCAAGUGAGACUCCUCGUGAAGAUAUCAAUCAGCGUGUAGCUGCUAACCAAGAUAUGGAUGAGGACCAGAAUUUAAGAGACCAAAUACACCAUAGAAUUGUAGGCUUCUUGGACAACUGGCCUUUAUUGGAGCAAUGGUAUACAGAGCCAGAAAAUAUUUUGAUAAAAAUCAAUGCUGAAGUAGAUAAAGAGUCUUUAUGCCAAAAAGUAAAGGAAAUGUUUAUGACUGAAAUAAUGAAAAAAGAGAAUAAAGUUAAAAAGAAGUUAGAAGAAAAGGAAGCUGAGAAAAAAGAAGUUUCCCUGACUGAGCCUUCUUCUCCUGCUGCUCCUCCCCCUCCUCCUCCUGAACCAGAAAGAGAGAAGGAAAUCCACCCUCAGCAAGAGCGUUCAAAAACUCCGGCAAAAGGAAAACCACCAUCAGAAUCUCCGCAUGGUAAGCAAGAAUCUUCUCAGGAAGGAAAAGGGAAGAAAGGUGAAGCUUCACUCAAAAGAAAAGGUUCUAAAGGAAAAUCUGCAGGAGGGAAAGUACCAGUAAAGAAAUCACCUGCUGAGUCUACAAAUACGUCACCUACUCCAGUAGGUCCGCCACCACCUAAGCCCGGAUCAGAAGAAUGGGUCUAUGUGGAUGAACCAAUUGCUGAGGAAAUACCUUCAUUUUUAGUACCUUACUGGGAACUAAUAGAAAGUUCCUACAUAGACUCCAUCAAAAAAGUACUCAGGCAUCUACGAGAAGACCAGCAUACUGUGCUUGCCUACUUAUAUGACAUUAGAACAGGUUUCCAGCAGUUUCUAAGGCGUCCAGAUCACAAGCAAAAUUUUGUAUCUCAAUGGCAGACUGAUUUCAACUCUCUUCCUGAUGACCUGUGGGAUGAUGAGGAAACAAAGGCUGAGCUACACCAAAGACUGAAUGAUUUACGAGACCGCCUGUGGGACAUUUGUGAUGCCCAGAAGGAAGAGGCCGAGCAGGAGCGUCUGGAUAUCAUAAAUGAGAGCUGGUUGCAGGAUUCCAUGGGAAUAACGAUGAACCAUUUCUUCUCACUGAUGCAGGCAGAACUGAACCGUUUCCAAGAUACAAAGAGACUCCUUCAAGAUUAUUACAGGGGAAUGGAAUGCAAAAUCCCAACAGAUGACAAUAAGAAAUUUACCAGAGUCCCAUUGGUCCAACUGUGUACUAAAGACGUUUUGGAAUGCCAACUCAGAAUUCCUCUGGUUCCUCGAAUAUCCAUUUCUCUGGAUUUGGCUAUGUCCAAAUCAAAAUCCAGAGCUCUGCUGAAGGACAAGAUUGAUUACACGCUAGAAAAUGUGGAGUUAAACUUUGAGGCGGAUGAGAAGUUGGUAAUAGACACCUGGCAGCAGGCUUCUUCAGCGAUAUCUCACAUGGUCACUGCUGAAAUUCAUCAGAGGCUCAUGGAAGAAGAAAAAGAAAACCAGUCAGCAGAUGCAAAAGACAAAUCUCCUCAGAUGAGUGCAAAUAAAAAAGUGAAAAAUGAGCCCCCCAAGAAAAAAAAGGAAGACAAAAAAGCAAAAGGAAAAUCACCACCUACAGCAGAAGCCUCUCCUGUAAUACUAACAGUAGAGGAGAUGGCUGAAAUGGAAAAGAGAAACAAACUGAGGCUCAAAAUAAAAGAAGAACAUCUUGCUGCUCUUCAAUUUGAAGAGAUAGCCACACAGUUCCGACUUGAACUGAUAAAGACAAAAGCAUUGGCUUUCCUUGAGGAGUUAGUAUUGAAGGCGGUUGACGUGUACAAACUCAUGGAAAAGUGGCUUGGCGAGAGGUACUUGAAGGAAAUGGCCAGUGUGGAAAAAUUAACUGAGGUAGCUCGCUAUCACAUUGAAACAUCUACAAAAAUUCAGAAUGAACUGUAUUUAAACCAAGAAGACUUCUUCAUUAAUGGCGACGUAAAAGUCUUUCCAGAUCCCCCUCCUCCAAUACGUCCUCCGCCUGUAGAAAAGGAAGAAAACGGCACCCUGACCAUCGAACAGCUUGACAAUCUUCGAGAGCAGUUCUUAGAAAUAGCACCUAAAGGCAGAGAUCCUUCAGAUGCUGUGAAUCGAGUCACCGAAAAGCAGAAAAGGCCACAGAAGCUUGACCAUUACCUUCCAGAGAGGAACAAUCAAUUUUUGAAAAUUUGGCUAAAAAAAUACCCUUGGCUUGUAUAUGAUGAGAUACUAAAUCUUAUGUUCUGUGACCUGUGUCGUAAGCAUGGAGUGAAGUCGAGGGGAAAUCAAGUGAGUUUUUUUUAUGGCACUGACAACUUUAGGACUGAAUUUCUCCAUGCACAUCAUCUCAGCGAGGCUCAUGCCAGGGCUUCAUUAAUGGAAGCAACAAGUGGUUCUCCAGUGAACAGAGCCACCACGGAGCUGAUGGUGAGGACUGUGAGCAAAGUAACCCUCGGGAGAGUAGAGAACUUAUUCAGAUCGUGUCACGCUAUCGCCAAGACUGGACGUCCCCUCAAAGAUUUUAUUUGGAUGUGCAAGUUGGAUGACAUGAAGGGUGUUGAUAUUGGCCCAGUAUUCAGAACUAACAAAUCAGCAAGAACAUUUACAUAUUUUAUUGCUGAAGUGGAACGGAAAAAUCUAAGAGAUAAACUAGUAAAAAGUAAGUUUUUCUCCAUCAUCAGUGAUGGAAUCACAAACAAUUCAGCCAAGGAAGCUGAACUUGUCUAUGUGCAGUUUGCACAUGCAGGAAGAGUGCAUUGCCAAGUUGUCGGGGUACAAACAGUGGAAAAGAGGGAUCCUCUGGCAAUAAAAAAUGCCAUUGAGAAAACUCUGGAGAGGAAUCUUCAACUUAGGCUGUCGAACCAAGACUGGACAAAGAAACUGGUUGGUUUUGGAAGUGGCGGUGCGCCUGGCUCAGAGAGAGAAAGCAAUGGGGUGGCCCUGAUUUUAAGAGAAAUCCAGCCAUGUGUGCUGACUGUGUAUUGCUUUGCACAUCAUCUUGAACUAUCUUACAAGGCAGUGUUCCAGAGCAUUCCCCUGUACAACAAUGUGAGAGACCUUCUUUACAGCCUUUAUCACUUCUAUCAUAAUUCUCCUCCUCAUAAAAUUUCUCUGAUAACUGCCUUCAAAGACCUUCGCCUCCGACCUGUGAUGCCUUCUCAGGUAGGAGGCAGGAGGUGGCUUCAGGGAUUACAGGCAGCCCUCCAGAACUUUCUCAAGGGAUAUCCUGCAAUUGUCCAGCAACUGAAUUCACCUAUGUUACAGGCAAAUGAACGCGGAAGUGACACCAGUCAUCAGAAAGCCAAAGAACUUCUAGAGUUACUUCUGCAAGCAGACAUCGUUAAAUUCAUUCAUUUCUUGGUGGAUGUCAUCAGUGUCCUUAGUAUUCUGUCCCGAGUCAAUCAGAACAGAAAUUCUUCAAUUGCUGAUAUAUUUGCCACCUUACAGUCCACACUAGAAAUACUCAGAAUGUAUCAAACAAGACCAGGGCCAAAAGAACGUAGGGUGGAUUCAGUCACACACUUUCAUGGUAAGUGCCUCAGAGGAAAGGGAAACAUUUCUGACGUGAGAAACACUGUUUUAACACAUCUUAUCAAGAGGCUGCGAGGCUGUUUCAGAGAUGCCGGCCAAGAUGUGGUGAAGGCAACCAUGAUUGGAAGCUUUAAGCUGUGGCCCACAAAGAUAAAUCAAGAAUUGGGAGAAAAAGAAGUAUCCAUCCUGAUUGCACAUUAUGAACCAGUAUUGGAAGCUGCCAAUGUGAAAAUUGAUGAAGUGGACACUGAAUGGAGCAUGUUGAAAUUAGAGAUUUAUGCUAGAUUUCAGAACAUCCGCGAAUUGACCUGGGAUGUUGUGAAUUCUGUUUACUUACCCAAGUAUCCAAAUAUCUUGACACUAGUGGACCUCGUGCUGACCCUCCCUGCAAGUUCAGCUGAGGCGGAACGCGGCUUUAGUCAGAUGAAACGCACCAAGUCACAGAUGCAUGCCAAGAUCAAGGCUGAUAGUAUGACAGAUCUGCUGAUAAUUCAGUUGAAUUCUCCGGACAUCAAUAACUUUGACCCUAGGAAAGCUAUCCAUUUAUGGAAUACGAGAACACCAUCUUCAACUGGUGACACAAGACCUAAUUCAGAUUGCUCAUCAAACCCAGAAAGCCAUUAUGAAAGUGAUUAGUAAUGUGACAAAUGUCAACUUUGUUAUUGAUCAUAUCAAAAAAAAGAUUAGUUUCAAAAACCUGAAAUUUAAAAGUACAACAGUCAUCAGUCUUCACAUCAAACACAAAAAGCAUUUGGCAUCUUCCAGACGUACAAACCGAAAAUCCAAAGAUUAGUUUUCUUGUAACUUUUUAAUUCUAUUUCUAUAUUCACACAUUCUUUGGGUGGAAGUGUAUAAUUCUAAGCAAUGGUGUUAUUUUGAUGUCAUCUUUCUGGGUGUUAUUGCUAAGGGUUGCCAGACUAUGAUCGUGGUCUGAGUUCCUUUAAGCCUGGCAUAAAAUUAUUUUUCCUGGAUAA